CUUGGGGCGGCGCGGGGGUCCAGCGCAACUCAGCCGCUAGAUCCGCCCGCCAGCCCGCCGGCUGCGGAGCUCUGCCGCCGGCCGGAACGGGGGACGCUGCUCGCAGGAAGCUGGGCGAAGGGACUGGGCGAUGGCUCCGCGAGGGAUCCGGGGUUCUGCUGUCCUCGCCGGUGCGGUCUUCGUGGGAGGCGUCGUGAGUUCCCCGCUGGCGGCCUCGGGUCAAAGCCGAUGGAUUUGUCCCUGUGAGCGAGAGGUGGCCCUUGGUUCCAUGGCUUCUGAUUUGCAGAUUAAGCUCCUGUUUGAUACUGUUGGCUGCCAUGACAAUGGCGGCAGCCACAUGUUGCACUCCAGGACAGAGACGACCCCGUCACCCGCGAACAACACUGGGAACGGACACCCGGAGUACAUCGCGUAUGCGCUUGUCCCAGUGUUCUUCAUCAUGGGUCUCUUUGGCGUCCUCAUCUGUCACCUGCUUAAGAAGAAAGGCUAUCGCUGUACCACAGAGGCUGAGCAAGAUAUCGAACAGGAAAAGGCUGAAAAGAUAGAGCUGAAUGACAGCAUUAACGAAAAUAGUGACACCGUUGGGCAGAUUGUCCACUACAUCAUGAAAAAUGAAGCAAAUGUGGAUGUUUUGAAGGCAAUGGUAGCCGACAACAGCCUGGUUGAUGCUGAAAGCCCCCUGACUCCCAGCACCCCUGGAAGCCCUCCUGUGAGUCCUGGGCCCUUGUCGCCAGGAGCCACCCCAGGGAAGCACGUCUGUGGCCACCAUCUGCACACUGUGGGCGGAGCUGUCGAGCGGGAUGUGUGUCAGCGGUGCAGGCACAAGCGGUGGCACUUCAUAAAACCCACCAACAAGUCCAGAGAGGCCCGGCCACGACGCCAAGGGGAAGUCACUGUCCUCUCUGUCGGCAGAUUUAGAGUCACCAAAGUGGAACACAAGCCAAACCAGAAGGAUCGGAGAAGUUUGAUGUCUGUCACUGGGACUGAAAGUGUCAACGGGGAGGUGCCUGUGACUCCGGUGAAGAGAGACCGAAGCGGCACAGAGUAGCAGUGGGGACUUUAUCUGAAGAGUUCUAAGAGACUGAAAACUUACAAGAUACGAAGUUGCCUGAGGAAUAUUUUUAUAUAUUUUAUAGUUCCUAUCAUGAUGCCAGCGAGCAUGCGGAUAUAGCCUAAAAGGGAAUGUUGUUGCUGCACUGGAUACAGAACUGUUUGCUUUGAGAAGAGUUUUAGUUUUAAAAAGUCGGUGAAAAAUUUAUUACAUUUCUAGAAAAGGAAAACAUUCAUUUUUUUUUAUCUUGUCAACCAUCCCCGGCCACCACCCUUCCCCUGGUGCCCACCCCUGGUCUUGGUGUCCACCCUGUGGUUUUCCCCUUAGGACCACUCUGUAAUGUACAGUGGAAUUGUGUGUGUACAGUCUGAGCUUGUGUGUGUGUGUGUGUGUGUGUGUGUGUUGCUUACAUCCCAUUUUUAUAUUUGUUGUUAGUGAUCUUCCUGCAUAGUUUGGCUGUUAUAAAAGGUGAAUCUUUUAUGGCAAAAGGUCCCUGAAAAUAGUCUAACCUAGCACUGAGAAACUGAGCCCUCAAAGAUCAUAAAGUCACAUGGGGCCAGAUGUUAGAUUUUGGGUCCCUGGACCAAGAACUCGGCAUUCACUCCUGUUACCACCACGCUGCUCCUCGGGUAUUUACACAAUAUUGAAGGACUUUUCUGUCUUGAUUUUUGUUUUAAUUUGAGCUGAUCAAUUGUUUUCUUACUCCAUGGAGUAAAGGGGUAAAAUGGCUUAAAUUCACUAAAAAAAUAGUAUGAUAAACUGGGCUCAAAACAAAACUACCCUACGUCUCAUGCAGCACAGGCCCAUGCGACCUCUGCAUGUUUUCUUCAUGCAGCUGCUUUUCAUCUCCUAACUGAUGCUUGGUCUUUAAGACACUUAGUGGCUUCUUUCCAUGCAGGCCUGGAAAUACUGAUUCUCUCUCUCUCUCCUCUCUCUUUCCCCUCCAUCUGUCCCUUUCUGUCUCUGUGUCUGUCUCUCUUUCUCUCUCCAGCUUUACACUUUAUAAAAGACCUGAGAGAACACAGAGGCAAAAGAUAGUAUUUUUGAUAGAUCUGGGGCUGGGGGUCAGGGAAUCUGCAAGACUGGCCUCCGGCUCCAUGUCAGUGUUGGUCAUGUGCCUUGGAUACUUCGUUUAUUUCAAAGAGAAAAAGCACCUUUCUCAUUUGGCUUCUGGAAAAAGGAUCUCCAUAAAAAUAUACUUCAAAGUGUUUACCAUAAACAUAUGUUUUUGACUCUGUUUCUGGCAUCAAACUAAAAAUAUAUGACCUUUUCAAUGAAUGGUAGAUUCAGUGUCAUGUGAUUGCUUACUGACCACUAAUAAAUAGCGUCUGUGCAUAGGUUCAUUUACAUGGCGGAACAGAAGUCAGUGUAGGAGUCAGUUUCACUGCAGUCCAGAAAGUACCAGUCUAGGAAUCUGAGGGGUGUGUACUAGUGUAAAUAAUUUAUAUGCCAUCGAGGCCACUUGUUUUUCUUUAAAAAUAAACAAAAAACCCCAUAAUUUUUGGCUUAACAUAUUCAUAUACUCUGCCCUCUAAAUGUUGAGGGAUAAAAUGUAAGAUAUUCUUCAGCUUUAAUUAUUUUUUUAAUUUUAUUCAACUCAGAGCACUUUUUAUAGCAAUACAGCUGCCAAGAGAAUACUCAAAAAUAUUUAAAAUUGUAUUUAUACCAAGCGUACAUUUUAAAUAUUUUCUCAUACUUGAGCAGUUUUUGCCUGGCUGGCUUCCAAAUAUGCCGAAAGUUAAGCAUUCAAUAUUUUGAACACAUAAGCUUUUUACUGGUUUGUACUAUCUGAUGAGAAUUCUUAAAUAUUCCCAAAGCAACUGAUGUUUACAGCUCAUGUGUUUUUCCUCCUUCUCAGAAGGGUCAGGGAUCCACAAUGGACUCACUGUACAAAACACUAAUGACAGAUACAGCUUUGUGGUGGAAUAAAUGUGUUGGCUACCACCUUGAUGUAAAAAAUUUGUAAAGGAAAUUUUUCAGUGUUUUGAGUGUUACAUGUAUUUUUAACUGUCUGGUUUGUACUUUUACAACUUUUGUACUACCAAAGCAGAGUUAAAAAUUAAAAAAACCUUAAACACA